AUGGAUGAGAAGUACGAUGUUGACAAGGUUGAUGAUGUGAUGUUGCCGGGCUUUCGGUUUCAUCCCACUGACGAGGAGCUUGUUGGGUUUUAUCUCAAGAGAAAGAUUCAGCAGAGAACUCUUCCUAUUGAGCUGAUUAAGCAGGUGGAUAUUUAUAAGUUCGAUCCUUGGGAUCUUCCAAAGCUGGCGGCUUCCGGGGAGAAAGAGUGGUAUUUCUACUGCCCAAGGGACAGGAAAUACAGGAACAGUGCACGGCCAAACCGAGUGACCGGAGCUGGGUUUUGGAAGGCCACCGGAACUGACAGGCCUAUUUACUCCUCCGAUGGCACCAAAUGCAUCGGUUUGAAGAAGUCACUUGUCUUCUACAGGGGCAGAGCUGCCAAAGGCAUCAAAACUGAUUGGAUGAUGCAUGAAUUUCGCCUACCUUCUCUCCCAGCAGACUCAGCACCACCCAAGAAGUUCUCGGAUAAAAACAUUCCAGCAAAUGAUUCAUGGGCAAUUUGCAGGAUAUUUAAGAAAACAAACUCCAUGGCACAAAGAGCUUUUUCUCACUCUUGGGUUUCUUCACUACCAGAAACCUUGGCAUCUGAUAUGUUCACUCAAGGCACUCACUGCCCUCAGUUCAGUGCAGAGAACAUCUCUUGCACAACUGAAAUUGGGUCGGCGGCCAUCCAGUUUUGCAGUAACAAUGAGUUACAACAGGCCUCUGCUGCCUGUUUCUCUGCUUUCAACAUUCCUUCUUAUAAGCCCAUUAAUAUUCCAACACUCUCUAAGCCUUCCAUUUUCCCCCUUUCUAAUGAAGACCUUCCCAAUGGCUUCACCUUCUCCUCACUCGAAGCAUCAGGACCCACCAAGUGUACGGUUGAUACUUCUUCCAUGUUUUUGAACCCUUCAUUAAUUGGUCACAUGAGUAACGCCUCCGAGAGCUUAGGCUCUCAAGGGCCACAACAGCAGCAGUUUAGUGGCUUCUCAAUCAGUAUGCCACAGGAGAUGCAAGAAAACACGGGCACAGGAGAAGAUGAGGCUGCAGGCCUGAUCAGGAAGAACUCAAAUGACGAGUGGGGAACCAUACGAUCGAUCGGAUUUCCCUUCAGCUUGCCAUCAAACGAUGCUAAUUGGAAGCCUAAUCUGCCAUGGGAUUCACCCCCUUGUCCCAGUGAGAUGUCCACCAGCUAUUCCACAAAUACAUGCUAUACUUGAUGUUGUAGCUCUGGGGGAUUAUGUUGGAGCUAAAACAAAAUUAUUGUGUUUAAUGGG